AUGGGCUGCCUUUUGAUGGUCAUUGUCUUCAUCACCAGCGUUGAGAGCUUGAUCUCGAAGAAGGAGUUAUCUCUUCAACCUGGAGGAAAUAUCACCAUCCCAUGUCAUUAUAAUAAGCGGUUUAUACAGCAUAAGAAAUACUGGUGCUAUGAUGCUGGUUCAGCAUUCAACUACUGUAAGAUUCAGGCGUACGCUAAUAAUACAGCAGAUAGAGUAACAGUGACUGAUUACCCAGAUCAGAACCUCUUUACUGUAACUAUGAGAAAUCUGAAGACUGAAGACACUGGAUCAUACUGGUGUGCUGUGGAGAUUGAAGGACUCAAACCAGAUGUUCACAAACAGUUUUAUAUCACAGUGAAAUCAGAUCCUGUUGUGUCUGUGGUGGAGAGCAGUGUGGAGGGUCAGGAAGGGGGCGUGGUCAGGGUCCAGUGUAUCUACAGUGCUGGAUAUCAGUCUGAACAGAAGCAGUGGUGCAGAUCUAAAGACCUAAGAUGCUACACAGUGGGGAGGAGGACUGACACAUCCCAGAAUUCAGCAGUGCAGAUCAGUGAUGAUGGGAGUAGAAGAUCCUUCAGUGUGGAGAUGAGUGGACUGAAGAAGAGUGAUGCUGGCUGGUACUGGUGUAGAGUUGGAAAACUAGAGGUUCCUGUUCAUCUCAGCGUCAGUAGAAAGAAUUUAGGUACAACAACUACUAUUGGAAAGACAGAGGCAGAUAUAACAGAAACUCUCUCACCUGCAGUAACAACAUCUGCCACUGUAAAUCACACCAGCAUUAGCAACAGCAGCUUUAGCAGUGAGAAACAGCGAGAAAAAGAUGGAAGUCUGAAACUUCUCUGGCCUCCGCUGGCUGUUGCAGGUCUGGGGCUCCUGCUGCUGAUUCUGGUGAGCAUUAUAACCUGUGUGCUGAGAAGAAAAUACAAAGAAACUCAACCAGAGAGGAUCAGUAAUGCUGGGGUUCACACAACCUCAGCAACUGAAGACUCCAUUACAUACUCCACUGUCCUUACCACAAAUAAGGCAAGACUAUUUAUUCAGACCUAUCUGUUUUCUUUUUAUUUAUUUAUUUUUUUAUUAUUAUUUUUUUUUAUUUCUAUUUUUUCCCAUUUUCUCCCCAAUUUACACUGCCAAUUACCCAACCCACUCACUAGGACUCCCCCUAUCACUAGUAAUGCCCCAACACACUGAUACAUGUGAAGCCAGCCAGCUUUGCCAAUCAGCCAGCGCGUUCGGAGGAAAGCGCAGCGACUCGGUUCCAAUACAUCAGCUCACAGACACCCUGUGCUGCAGACAUCACCCUAGGAGUGAUGUGGGGAGAUAGCACAAUC